ACUUCAGUGGUCCCAUAGUUUCCUUUAUUAACAUUUAAGGAAUAAUUAUCGCGCGCCUGGCACCCCGUCAAGGAGCGUAUGGAUGUCAGGACACAGGCGGGGGGGUCGACCAGCCAUCUUAUUUUCCCUCAUUUUACCGGGAAUUCGUCCAACACAGAUGAGAUUAGGGAGCAAAAAUGGGGGAUGGAGGACUACUAUCGCUCUCUUGGAAUAAUCACAAGGCUACGUUCUGUCACAUUCUUUCAACGCUUCGGGAAAAGGAAAGAUACACCGAUGUGACGUUAGCGUGUGAGGGCAAGUUUUACCCCGUACACAAACUGGUGCUAUCAACAUGUAGUGAAUACUUUGAGAGCAUGUUCGAACACACCCCGUGCAAACACCCCAUCGUAGUGCUCAAGGACAUUAAGAGUGAUGAGGUGGAGAGCCUUCUCAGCUACAUGUACGCCGGCGUGGUCAACGUGGCGCAGAAUGACCUCGCACGGCUCAUUAAAGCAGCUGAACUCUUGAAGGUGAAGGGGCUGGCGGUGCCGGACGAACCACCCCAGGAGGAGACCAGGAAAAACUCCUCGCCCUCCUAUAGCUCUCGGGAUGACCGCUCAAGUCCGCACCCCAAGAGGAGGAGAAGAGACGACAGUGAGGGGCUGCCCACCGGUGAUCAUGGGGCCACCGCAACCUCCCCCGCGACCUCCCCAAGACACUCCCCGUACCACGCGUCCGCCGAGUACCACCAGGACAACUCGAGGACGACCAGUGAGGCGGAGGUCAGAGAACACAGGUCUGAAAAAAGCAUAGACAGAUUAGAGCAUGAUGUUAGGAGUGAUACCAAGCCCGCUGGAGACCUGAACCCGGACCAGCACAACCCUGCCAAGCCAUGCUCUCCCCUACAGGUAAUGUUAGAUGAAACACUAGUCAAAGAGGAGAUAAUGGACCCCAUCCCUGAGGACCAAGAUAGUAUGAUGAACUCAGGGAUGGACUAUGGCUCCAUGGCUCCCGACAACAGGUUAGAGAACUCCACCAGUGACGGCAGCUCUCAGGACCACCAGGGUCAGUUGCUCUCUGCUAAGUAUGAGCAGCAGCAGCCCCUCGGCCCCGCCCAGUCACACCACCUUCCUGAUGCUGUUGUGGAGGCGCUGGCCGGCCCCUCGGGCAUGCAAGGGUGGCUCGGAGGCGGUGAGAUGGGGGGAACCUUCUCAGGGGUGGAGAGUUACGGCGGGGAUGCGCGGCACCAGGACCUGCGGCAGCCCCUCCCAAGCCAGCAGCCCCAAGCACACCAAAUGGAAUUGGAGGUGGAGGCACAGCCAUCACUCUCUGGGAGAGACGGUAGAUCACGAGGCUUUACCUGCCCAUACUGCUGGCGAGCAACCUUCAAGACCUCCAGGGACUUCACGCGCCAUGUGCGGACACACACGGGAGAAAGGCCUUUCGCCUGCAGAGAAUGUUCUUUUCGCAGCAACCGCAAGGAUGUGUUGCGUAAUCAUGAACGGACUAGACACAGAGUUAACUCUUACCUUAGUGGAAAUUAAAGAGUAAAUUUAUACCUUAGAUAUCAUCAGACAGCAGUGGUUCUUGAGGUGCGUAAAUCAUUUACUGUGCAUACCCACUGGAAGCUUUAACUUUUCUUAGAGCUAACAACAUUUAUUUGUAACUCUCAGUACUUUGACUUAUUUUAUCAACGCUGAAGCUGUCGAGAAAAUGAGUGCUAAAGUUUUUACAUGGUGUUCACUCGUGUUCAAAGCCACUUGAAUCAGUAUGCAUUGUGUGCAUACUACUAACACUUUUGGUUUUGAGCAUGUACAUACAGUAUCUCAACUUCACCAAGAAGACAACAGUAUUUAAAGUGGCAGGCAAAUUAUAAAAAUAUUUAUUGGAUAUUGAUAGGAAAUGUCUUGAGUACAAUAACUUUUUAGUGGUGUCUUAUCUUAAAGUUUUGAUUGUAAUGAAGCUGUUAUUGCUUCCCUUUAGUGAUUAUCAAAACACACCAGCAGUACUGAUCCAAAGUGCCUGGCUGCCCUGCUAACCAUUGUGCCGGGCGGGACACCUUGAUCAAGUCACGGCUCUGAACAGAGUAGAGAAAAAGUUCAUUCACCUUAUCAACUUCCCAGUUGAGGACAGUGUUGCUUUCCAUGCUAUCUUUUAUCAUUGUUUUCAUGCUGACUGCAUGCCUCUACCCCUCCUGUGGCCAUGCAGCACAAGACUUCCUACUCAAUCUCAUAUAUCGCUGUCCGCCUUCUUAAUGCAAAUUGAAUAGUAUGUUCACUGUGGAAAUUGUUCCAAUCAUUGUAAAUCUGUGUAUAUAUCAAUGUAAAUAUGGUGAUGGGUAAGUUGAUAUUUUGGAAAUCAGAGGUUACUAUUUAUCUUUAAUAUAUACGCCCUUUAUGGGCCCUAAAUGGUGCUGCGGCAGUUAUGGAGCCACCGAGGGGGGAGGUCGCCUUGUUGGAGGCAGACCGUCAGGAGCCAGAGUUAAUUAACAUUGCUUAUUAGUCUCUUUCAACUUACUUAAAUUUUACCUAAGUUUCUCAUUUGUGAGGAUUACGCAAAGUCCAAUCCACGUCUGACUCUUGAGUCACCCAGCUGCUCACGCCACCUGUUACCUGCUCCUUCAGUCCUGGCCAGAUCUUAGGCUUAGAGUGUUUUAGAAUGUAGGAAGCCUAGAGGGAAAUUCAUGCCUUUGCUUUAUUUAAUUUUGAGUCAACAUGUGGUUCAUGUAUGUUCCCCAAAAUUUUUCCCCCACAUUUGAGAUCACUCAUAAUUUUGACACUCACUUUCCCAUCACUUUCAUUAGUAAACUUUGAAACAGGUCUUCAUCCACUGUAUUUCCUCCCAAUUUCAUGCUUUGUUUAGGAGGGGAGGAUCGAAGCACCACUGGAUCCAAAUCUGGUAAUUCCUUGGUCUCUCCUGUCUUUUUUGUAGGAGCAGCAUUAUGCAGACAUUUUCUUGUUCUGUUUGUUUUUUCCUGCUUACUCUGCCUGAAGAAAGGUUACAUUUACAUGACACAAUAAAAGUUACUUGGAGUGCCACAAGCCUGCUGUUCUGCAUACUUUCUCAGUAUUUAUGUAGCUUGAGGCAGAUGGUCAGUAUAAGUAUCCAGUGGAAAAGUACACAGGAAUUGCAGGAAAAGUGUGAUUGCAUCUUGUUAUGAACUAAAAAAAAGGAGAAAAAAAGAAAAGAAAGGAAAACAGACAUAUCGAGUGUAACCACCACUUCCCAGUCAACCAUUUAGAUGUUUUAUUGUUAGUCCAAGUGUUGUUCCUGUCAGAGGCACAGUAGCUCCCAAACUGCCUUCAAUAUAAUGUGCUGUAUAAUCUGAAAUCUGACAGAAUGGACAAUGUUCGUUGAUGCCUGCGAGGCGGCAAACAAGUGUCAUUUGAUGGAUGUUUGAACGGCGAUGUGUUAAGCACUAGUACCUUCGAUGGCUAACCAUGCUUAUCAACCUUACCAAGGUGACAAUUGGUCAAGCACAUGUUGCAUAGUGUUCAGUGUUCCUUUCUUUACACCACACACUCACCCACACACUCGCACAUGGUAGUUUUGGGAGCUACUGUACACUGUUUCUUCCUUAACCCAGUAGCAGCGAAGGACCAGAUUUGUGGCUUUACCGUGUCCAGCGACAGGCCAAAUUUGUGGCUUUACCAUGUAGCAGCGAAGGGCCAAAUUUGUGGCUUUACCAUGUAGCAGCGAAGGGCCAAAUUUGUGGCUUUACCAUGUAGCAGUGUCGGGCCAAAUUUGUGGCUUUACCAUGUCCAGCGACGGGCCAAAUUUGUGCCAUGAUAUAAACCCCCCAAAAUAGAUGAUACAUAAUCUGAUCACAAAUGCUUUGAUAUAUAUUAUGAAAUGGUUUGUGUGAGGGGUGAUUUUUUCUCAUUUUUCUCGCUUGGAGGGACCAUUAAGAAUCAUGAUCCCCGCUGCUACCGGGUUAAAGUCCUCCUGUAGUUUGACUCCUUGAACAUAAAAGUUAUGAUGUUUGGAAUAAAAAAAGCUAUAUCUUAUGCUCUAGUAUGAUGGCUUUUCUGAAUAUGAUGGAACUUUGAAGCAGCUGAUUUGAUGAGGCACCACUGAAAAUAUUAAUUAUUACUGCAUUAGUUUGAAAUUAGGAAGUUUUGAUGUAAGUCAUUAACUUCCAUAGAAGAUGCAAUGAAACACAGAGAACUGGGUUGUGGGUGUAGUUGUACUCUAUUCAUAAUUAUAUAAAUGAGAGAGAGAGAAUGUAAAUUUUAAUACCAGAUAAGUUACCCGUCUUUCCUUUUCUUAAUAGGUGUCUGCAUAAUGUCGUUGUUAUUGUAUUAUACUUGAGAAGUUUAUAUAUAAAAGUGCCUUGUAAAUUUGAUGAAGUUUUCCAUGCUGUAUUAAUGAAUGGAAGGUUAUCCAUAACCACAUUCUGAGUGUAACUUACUCUGAUAUAUGUAUAACCAACCAAGCGUUAGUGAUGGAAGGCAUCCUUGAUGAAUUGACUUAGAGGAGAAGAAUUAAAAUAUAUAUCAAUUGUUGA